UUGACUCCGUAGCGGAUUCAAACUCGCAAAACCCUAACACUUUUGUUCUCACUAUGACGGGAAAAAGCAGGGAAUAAAAAAAAAAUAGAAACAAAAGAAAAAGGGGAAAGCAAGACAAGGAGGUUAAAGGCACUAGGGUUUAAGACAGUCAUCAACAGCAUAAACAAAGAGUGAGAGAGGGGGAGAAGGGGAGAGAGGUUUAGGGGUUUUGGUGGAUAGAGAAAAUGGUGGCAGACAACAAGGGUAAGAAGUUGAAGGUAGCGGAGAAAGGCGAGGAGGACAAUAACCAAAUCGAUGAAGAACUCAUUCUCACUAUCGAGAAGCUCCAGGAGAUCCAAGACGAUCUCGAAAAGAUUAAUGAAGAGGCAAGUGAUAAGGUCUUGGAAGUAGAGCAAAAGUAUAAUGAGAUACGCAAGCCAGUGUAUGAUAAGCGGAAUGAGAUCAUCAAGUCGAUACCUGACUUCUGGUUGACUGCGUUUUUAAGCCAUCCUGCUCUAGGUAUUCUUCUGAGUGAAGAGGAUCAAAAGAUAUUCAAAUUUUUAAGUUCGUUGGAAGUGGAGGAUUCAAAAGAUGUUAAAUCUGGUUAUUCAAUAACAUUUAACUUUGAACCCAACCCUUACUUUGAAGAGACAAAGCUUAUAAAAUCUUUUGCCUUCCAUGAUGAAGGAACAACAGAGAUUACUGCCACACCAAUCAGCUGGAAAGAGGGCAUGGGUCUUCCAAAUGGAGUUAGUCAUGAAAAUAAAGGGAACAAGAGGCUUUUGGCUGAUGAAAGCUUCUUUAGCUGGUUUAGUAACACUCAGCCAAAAGGCAUGAUUGAUGACAUGCAGGAUGAGGUUGCAGAGAUCAUUAAGGAGGAUUUAUGGCCCAAUCCACUCUCAUAUUUUAACAUUGAUCCUGAUGAAGAGGACUUUGAUGGGGAUGAAGCCAAUGAAGGGGACAAAGAUGGUGAUGACUCUGAAGAGGAGGAUGAUGGGCAAGAGGAAGAUGACGAUGACGAAGAAGAAGAUGAUGACACAGGCAAAUGAUUUCCUUUACUUCUUCCGUUUACUUGUAUCAGCUUUCUUUUUCGGUCAACACCUUGUAUAAAGUGGUCUAAAAGGAUUGCUGGUAUCAUGGGCUGGGGAUGGUAACCCACGCUUAACUUUUCUGUUGGUAGAUUCCUCUACUACAUAGGGAACUAGCUGGUACCAUGGUCGGAUAGUGGUUUUCUGACUUUAUUCCUGUUUCAGGGCCUUCCUUUUUGAGUAUGGGGUUAUUUUUGUGAUUUCCUCCCUGAAAUGCAGGUUUAUAGAUGAUGAUGGUAUGUUAGCCUUUUAUUUUAACUCCUUUUGCUGUGAACCUCAUCAAGUCAAAUGUAGAAUAUCUGUGGUGUAAAGCUACUUGAAUAUCCUAUAUUUGUUUAUCGUAGAAAGUUAUGUUUGUGGGAUA